AUGCUGGCGAUUCGAUUCCCGACCGAAGGCUUCCUGGAAUAUGUGGAACAGAUCCAGGCGGAGUAUAAGGUCCGCGCGCUGCAGCUUCACCCCGACAAGAACCCGGAUGAUCCUGAGGCCGAAGAGAAGUUCCAGAGGCUGCAGAUCGCCAAGGACACGCUCUGCGACCCGGAACAGCGAGUGAAGUACGACAAGUGGCUUAACAGCGGACUGGCGAUUUCUUACGAGCAGUGGAGCGGCAUGCCCCCCAUGACCACGACUCUGCACUGGGCGACUCCGAACACCAAGGAACGCAUGCUGGAACCAGGCACGUCCCAGGCAGCGCAAGCAGGCCAGGCAGGACAGGCAGGACAAGGACCCCCUCCUACUUCGAAGCCCGGCAGCAGGAGGGCCUCUGAGCAGGUGUCCCACAUCCUUCACGGGAGGACCAAGGAGACUGUAAGAGUCCCGCGCCCUUCGGAGGUGUGGGAGAGGGAUACCUCCGAAGUCAUGAAGAAAUUUAGGAACUAUGAGAUCUAAAGGACCGCCGCUACUCAGCAGGAAAACCAAGCUUAUGAUGUAUUAAAGAUCGUUUAUUAUGUUUUUUUUCUUUCUUUCAGAAUCUCAAUCUCUCUCUCUCUCUCUCUCUCUCUCUCUCUCUCUCUCUCUCUCUCUCUCUCUCUCUCUCUCUCUCUCUCUCUCUCUCUCUCUCUCU